AUGGAAAGCCGUCUACAUGGAGCUUAUAUGUUUUUUGAUCAUCUAUGGGAUCAUUUCUGUCAUCUAUCGCUGUGCUCUCAGCAAAUCGCAACAACUGAAUUUCGAAAGAGUCGUGAGAUAUUUCGAUGCCCGGCUCGACUAUAUUCCGCUAGAACUUGUGCUUGGCUUUUUCUUUGGCACUUCAGGUGUUCAACAGUGGAUAUAAGCGCUACGAUAUCGAUUGGCUAUUCAUCGACAAGAAGAUCUGAACAAGCUCGAAUGUACAGGCGAAAUAUUCUCCGCUAUUGCGAAUUAGUUCAGGUUUCAUGCUACCCCAUGAAAAAGAGAUAUUCAAGUCAUACAAUGGCUCCUCGCCGAAAUAUUGGAUACCAGGCCAACUGGGCACUUGCCAUGACAUAUCAGGCCUGGAAACAUGGUCAUAUUGAAAGUGCUUACUACAAAGUUACGCUUCAAGAGGUGAGAAACGUUGAGCAAAGAAUCACUCCCAAGGAAUUGAAGAUAGGUCAACUUGUCCAUUUCUCAUGA